AUGUAUCAGUGUACCCAAAUUCGGAGAAGGCGAAUUUCGCAAUCUUUAAUCCUAUCGAAAAUACUGCUGUCAAAUCGCUCUGUCGGUCCGGUUGUUCCAUUGCCUCCAUACCUACCAAACAGUUUAAUUCAUCAGAUUAAAACUAGCGCUCUAGAAGAAAUUGAAGAUUUAAAAACAGAAAUAACCAUGUUGUCUGAGAAACUUCCAGGUUUUGACAGUCCUCGUCUUCUACGUCGUCUUUCUAGGUACCUUAGCUCACAAAAUUCUUUGAGAUCACAACCAGAAGAAGGAAACACUAAACAACCAAAUAUCCCAUCAAUCGAUGAAUCAGUCCCAAACAGAAGAAUCCCCAUGAAACUCACCAAUAUAACACCUGUACAACUAACACAAGUUGAAGAUUCAGUACGUCAUAAAAGUGAAAUUAUACGGACGCUGAAUCCAGACAUCUUAGAUAAGUGGUACUGUCGAACGUCUACAACUCAUCCAGAUAUUUCAUUCUUACAACCAGUGAGCCUCGUUCUACCUGGAAUAACAAGAUUCGAUGACCAAAAUCGACGUCAGGCUGAACUCAAAUCUUGGUUGUCUGAUGCACACCGAAUAAGAUGUCUACUUCUAAGAUUUUCUAAUCGAAAACAAGUUAUGAACUCGUCAUCAACAUCCUUUCGUUUAUCUGAUAUUGAACUUUCAGCACAGAACACAGAGCUAAUUGAAACGAAGACAGAUACUGACACUACAUCUAGCAGACAAACAGUGGGAAAUGAUGAACCACCUCACGCUGAAAGUGACUUAUCUUUUCAAUCAGAAGUUGAAAGGCAGACAGAACUGAUUCUUCAAAACACUGAACUGAAUUCUGAUUGUUUCGUCCAUGUGCGUUAUCAUCAAGAUAAUAAAGCCUCACGAAUACAACCCCCUACUGCUGACGUAACUGCUACUUGGAGAUCUCGUUCUUUAUCGUUAGCGUCAUGGUCAACAACAAGAACGAAUCCACUUUCAUCUGCUAGUUCAUCUACUUCAAUGAAAAACGAUUUUCUUUCAAGUGCUUUCAAUGAAUCAUUGCUCAGGGCAAAACAUAUUGUAGAUUGGGCAAGAUUAAGGGUGCCAGCGAACAAUCAAACUCAUUAUGAACUCGAAAAGACUCCUUUUAUCACAAUGGAUGAUCAGAUUAAUUGUUCUCAGUCUUAUUUAGAUCCAACUACAUUUCAAGAACAUGCCAUUUACUUAGAUGAUAUGUGUCGCAAUUUACGAAAUAAAUUCAGUCAGAGCUUAACAGAAGAAAUAGAAAGACGUCAUCGUAUUGACACUGAGAGUAUGAAGAUGAACAAGAUGCAAGACCUUCCUCAUUGGUGUUGCGAAUUUGAAAUAUCAGCUCACAUUGAAGCAAUGGAAAUGCUUCCUCGUGUAAUUUACAGAAUGAUUGGAUCUUCUACAAUGUCGUUGAACUUAUUGAAUUUACUGAGUUAUUUGUGCUUUGAAUUGUCUACACAAAUGAACGACUCAGUUAUAUCCGAUAAUUAUGAUGGUCUGCGAACAGCACUACACACAGCUAUUACUGAAGCUACGUAUGAACAGUCUGCUCAGCAUCCAUUAAUAAUUAUUUUGGACGGCAUUGAAAAUUUAGAAGAAUGUAAGAAACGGAAAAAUAAUUUUCCAGUUUCAUGGAUUCCAAUAACUUGGAUGAUCCAUAAACCCAAUUUAAACUGUCCUGUGAUUUUUAUACUUUCAACAACAAGCGGUCCAGAUGAAGUAGCAUGCUUCAAUAAACUUCUUCACAGCAAAAUAAAUCAAUACUCUGUACAAAAUGAAAAUGAUUCCAGUAGUCAAAGCAAUAAAUACUACAGAAUCCAUUUGGAAGAACUUGAUUUGGAUAGCAUGGAACAAUGCGUAACAUUAUGGCUUCAGAAUACUGAAUAUAGUAAAAGUAAUGAAAAUAUCUUAUCAAGACUUAAAGAUAUAAACAAGAAAUUUCAGCCUUUUCAACUAAAAAUACUUAUAAAGUUAUUAGAAAGUGAAAAUCAAAUGGUAAAUGAUAUAUUAAGGAAUUCAAAAGAAUUAACAAAUCAACAAUUAUUCAAUAGUCUAUUAAUAUAUGCUGGUAAUGUCUACGGGUUUAAACGAGUACAGUUUAUUCUAGGUCAUUUAGUACUAUCCAGAUGGGGUUUAACCGACGAAGAUUUGAUAAACAUAUUCUGGGCUAGUCUACCUUAUCUCAGUCAGACAACGAGAUCACUUAAAGCGCUUAAUAAUUCGCAAAACCCUUCAAGUAUCACAUCAAAGCAUCAUAGAAUGUCAGUGCAGGAUACCAGGUUAGAGUUAUGGUCUAUUGAGAAAUGUGAGCGUGUUUAUAUAACAAGAAACUGGUUGUUCCGCUUUCUGAAUGAAUUCUUAAACUCGCUAGGUAUCUUAAUUUAUACUAGAUCACCACCCUAUGGAUGUUAUGUGUUGUUCAAUGUAUGCCAGCGAUUCUUCCGAUACUGGUUAGAAAAACAUUAUCUAGAUAAUAAAACAAAGUCUGAUUUUCAUGUACUUCAAACUAACACAUUUUAUCAUCAACAUAAAUUAAUAUCAUCAGCAUUUGAUUCAAAGUCACACGGUGCAAAAUAUAAGUCCUUAAUGGAAACUAUACACUGGAGAUGGAUAUACGAAGUUCCAUAUCAUUUGUCUAAAUUAGAACGAUUACAUCAUCUCAAGAGUUUUUGUUUGUGCAAUUCAUUUUGGUUAAACUACAAAUUACAAAUGAGUCUCUUUACAGAUUAUUCCUCUUCUAUUAUUCAGAAUAUUUUGGAUGAAAUAGUAUCAUGUUUAUCAUUUACAGAAAGUUCCAACAAUGACCAACAAGAGACAGACACUGAAGGAGACACUCCACUGUUAUCUGAUCAGUAUGUUCAAAAAGCACUAAAACACAUAAAUAAUAAUCCUGAUGUUGGAAUAGUUGUGAGUAUACUUAUACAAUGGAGACACAAAUUAAGUCGAGACCCAUUUCUUUUGAAUAAUAUACUCAUUAACGGUUUAGAUCAAUUUUUUAAACUUCAGCAAAUAAAAAUAGAGAAUGAUGAUGCAGAUCCAAGUAAUUCACUUCCGAGUAAAGAAGAUCAAGUGAAUAUGAUACAGAAAUCUCUCAAUUCCUUAAUUGAAAGCAUUCAUAAGCUUAAUGAAGUCUUAAAUAAUUCAGUACCCAGUCCGAUUAACUUUAAAAUAUGUACAAAUCUGUGUACAGAUGAACAGUUUUCAGGCUGCCUAACUUCUAAAUCACUAACUUUAUCAGAGAGUGUUGGACUAAGUUGUGCAAAAAACAAGAUUCAUAUCAAUGCAAUAGCCUUUUCCACAUCUAAAGAACUGUUAGCAUAUUCAGCAAGAGAUUUAAUAAACAACACAACAACCUUGGAUAUAUGGAAUGUAAUCGGAAAUUUUAGGAUUUCAAGCAUUUUUCUACCAUGUGACAUUAUUCAAACAAUAAAUGAGCUAAUAUGGAUUGCUAGUGAUGAAGCCAUUCUAGGCAUUGAAACACCUACUCAAAGAAUAUUGGUCUGGCCAAUAAAAAUGAACAAUAAUUCAACAACGUUAGGUGAUUAUUAUUCACUUCCAGAAGAUUCCAGCCAUGGGGGUACUGAUUUGCGAACAAUCAAAGAAAACUGUAGUGUUUAUGUAGCUGAAACUGGGAGACAAGGAACAGCUUAUAUAAUCAUACUACAACAAGGUAUAUGUAAGUUGUCUGUGUGGCUGUGGAAAGAUUGCUCAUUAAAUCAUCUAUUCGGUCCAGUUAGCUUAGUAGACAUACCUCAGUCUAUAUUUCAGUCAGAUAAGCCAGAAAAUAAAAUUCUACGAUCAAUGAGUUUACCCAACCCUGUUAAAUCAAAUACAGAACUUUUUUUAACAGCUAGUGUCUUAGAAAAUAAUCAACUCCAGGUUAUCUGUGGUGCAAGGGGUGAUUCACAUGCAACAAUGUUUAGCAUAAAUUUGAAGACAGAUUAUCAUUUUGAUUUCAUCCAACCACCAAAACAGAAAUGUUUAAAAUGCCCGAAUCAAGGAACACGUUUAUUGGCCAUCAGUAGUGGAUUACAUAAACCGAUAGCUUUAGCUAGUAGAUCUCCGUCAAAUAUUCUGCCUAAUGAAGAUGUUGUAGGUUGUAUUGACAUAUUCGAUCAAGCAACAGGGAAUUUUAUUCAACGGAUUGAAUCAUCCAAUCUAAAUGUAUUUUCACCAAUGGAACCAUGUUCAAAAAUAUUCGGUCUUUUAAGCUAUUCGUCUCUACCAAAACUGAAUAUUUAUAAUGAACCUGCAACUGGUCAAAUAAUCACGGUCGUACAGAACCCAUCACGACGAGAAAGACGUAAAUUAUUUUCAAACUAUCAGUAUUACAGUGAUGAAAAUGAAAAUAUCAGUGGUAUGGAAGUUGUUGUUUGGGAUGUCAAUAAAUCAACAUCCACUGUCCUUCCUCCAGAACACCUAUUUCCUUACUUAAUACAUGAACAGUACACAUUUAUAUCACCAUUUACUUCUGCGUUUAAAGAUAUACAUCAUUUGACUAUGGUGAAGCCAAUAUUAGAGGAUAUGGGCUAUUGCUUAAUGAACUGUAACCCAACAAAAGCCUUGGCAAGGAAAUUUACUCAUCAGGUGUCCAUGAAACAUGAGGAUACACCCAAGAUCAUAAGCUCACUCUAUAUACUAGAGAAAAAGUUUGACAAUAUUGGAUUCAUUAGUUAUGAUCCUACACACGGUGAAAUAUCCGUUGGAAUAAUGUACCCACCAAGUGAUAUCAUAGCUGACUGGUCAACGAAGCAUUUUCCAGUUAAAUCUUUUGAAAAAAGUCAAUGGACUAAUAGAGACUUAUUUAUAUUUGAUGGAAGUAUUUUGAUUACUCUUGAAAAAUUAGAAUAUUCUGCAGUUGUUGAAGAAUGUAGAGAAGUCUAUCAGCGAAUGAAUGUUUACGAGAUUGUUCGCAGCUCACCAAAUGAGUUCAGUCUGCAACACAUAAGACACUUAUCAGAUGUUUUCAUUAUACCAAGUAAAGUGACUGAAUAUACCAUAUUUCAUCCCGUAGAUAAGGAUGGCACACCUUAUCUCAUAGGCUUCAAUGAAACAAGGUCUCAUUUUGUUGCUUACAGUUUGGUUAAUGGCCAGAUUAUAUGGAGACUGAAACCGGAUUUCACAGUUUAUCAAGAAUAUAGCACUAGUGCAGGAUCACGGGCAAUAAAUGAACCCCAAAAGUCGCAGGACGCCAUCUCCCGCCUUCCUAAUACUACAGUAGAGAAUUCUUAUUCAGUGGUAACAGAAGUCUUAUGGUGGCAAGUUAUGGUUCAGACUGUGCUUGUGUAUUUCUUCUCAGUAAACUUCAGCAUGUAGGCACUUUAGAUGAGGCCUAUGCAACGAAACGACAAAUCUCACAUGGUGUGUCAGAACAUCUUUCAGAUGCGCCAAAUCUAGCGGUUUCCGCAUUAUCUUAUGACGGCUGUUGGUUAGUUCAUUCAGAGUUUAGUCAAGCAGAACAAAGUACAUGUCUGACAGUCUGGUCGCUCAUCAACUUUCAUGAAUACAAGCCAAUACAACAGGAACAAAAUAUUCAAUGGAAUCGUAAACGUCUCUCGAACCAGUCUGAUUUAAUUCAAGUGGGUGUCAGUGGCAUGAAUUGUAUAACUGUUGGAGCAAGACUGGAUUAUGGGAUUGUUUUAUGGUGUCCCUGCCGAGACAGUGACCCAGUACGUUUACAAAGCAGUGAGCGUUUACAAUUUUCGCACGACUGUCCCCCAAUUUUACAAGUUUCUCUAGAUGGAAGUAAAAUCAUUUCAGCUAGUGGUAGCAUUCGACGCACACAGCUGUCAAUUUGGCAGAUCGAUUUGGACAACUUAACUGACAGUCUUAUUGGACAUGUUUGUUGUUUAGAUAACAUAAUGGAGUUAGAACUAACAGGAGAGAAGCAACUGGUCGCUAUGAAUAUGAGUAAUUCAAAUGAACCUAGAUUAGUUGAUCCACACUGGAAGAACCAAUAAUAAUAUGUUUCGCGUUUCCUAACCACAUACAUAUAUUGCUCUUAGAUUCACAUUGCAUCUAAAGUCUGUAAAAUAAGACGAAUAGAAUUUCUUCUAAAGC